AUGGAAUUUAACAAAGGUUUAAAAGUUGCCGGGCUUAUAAUUGUUGCAAGCAAAAGGGAUAAGCACGGUAUAAGGCUAUUCCGGUUAAUAUGUUUUAAGGAGGAAAGGAUUUGUAGUGCAGGUCCCCGUAGGGGCCUUUGCCCUUUAUAUAUACGUUUAAAAGUUGCCGGGCUUAUAAUUGUUGCAAGCAAAAGGGAUAAGCACGGUAUAAGGCUAUUCCGGUUAAUAUGUUUUAAGGAGGAAAGGAUUUGUAGUGCAGGUCCCCGUAGGGGCCUUUGCCCUUUAUAUAUACGUAACUCCCUCUUACCUUUAAAUUUAUUGUUAAUUUUCCAUUUUCCUUUUUUUAACCACCCUAACCAUAAAAUCGAAUUAAAUUUCGACGAUAUACUAAACGAUUUUAAGGAAAAUUUUAGCGAAUGGUUGGAAACGGAUUUUAACGCGGUAAAUUUAACGAUCCAACAAUUUUUACAAAAUUAUUUCCGAAAGCAAAGGCUUUACCUUUUUACUUUUAACCCAAAAAUAUUAAGCAAAAGGCUGGCGGAUAUUUUUAUUUGCGCAAGCAAAUUAAAAAAUAAAUUUCCCAAUAAUUUUUACAAAAGCAUUAAACAAAAUAAGGUUACCUUUCCGUUUAAGCCCUUAAAUUACGUUAUUUUAUAUUUAACCGGAACGGUAAUAUAUUUUUACAAAAAAUCGCAAAAGCACAAUUCCAUUAUGACUAUUUUAGCCCAUACAACCAUAGCAAAAAUACCCAUUACAAAACGGAAAACAAAAAUACGAAAAUUUCCUAACCAUUAUUACAUAAUUAACCUUUUUAUAAUUUACCCCACUUUACGCAUUUUUAAAACCAUUUGGAACGAUAUAUAUUUGUAUACGGGAAAACCGUAUAAUAUUAUCGAUAACAAACUUUUCCACUUUACAAUUUACGCCCAAAUAUUUGGUAUUGGUUAUUUACAAUUCCACGCGUUAUAUUUUUAUAUUUUAAAAAGUAAGGCAAACGAAUAUUAUGUUAAUUACAUUAGCUUAAUAUUUACUUUUCGAACCACUUAUUUUGCAUUUAAAAAUUACUUUAAAAUAAGGAUUGUUGUUGGAACAGCAUUUUUAUGCGCGUGCGAUCCAGAGAGAAGAGGUUGUUACGAGGGCUCCGGGAUCCUCCGGAUCCCGCACGGGCCAACACUAUCUGCUUUAAGCAAAGCAAGGAACCACCCUUUUGGGUAA